AUGCCGUCACUCAUGAUUUCGCGGGGUACCUUUACCCUGCUGGUGGCCGUCAUCUGUUUGGCCUACCUGCCUAGCAAGGUCGCCGCUUUUGGUGCAGGCAAUAUUCCCUCUAUUGCGCAGGUAGAAGGCUUCAACUGGCGACAUGGAGAUAUCGAGGACAUGCUCACGAGUCUUGCGUUUUUGCACGGUAAAAAAUGGAGUUCCAUGAAUGUCAAGCGUGUCUACUUUGGCAACUGGCUGCGCGAUUAUUCCCAGGCCGUCGACGUCGGCAGUCUGAAGGGCGUCAACGGUGCCACCAUUCGCAUCCUUGUCUGGGUCCUUUCCUUCAUGGCCCACGGAUAUGCCACCGACGAGUUUGAAGUUACCGAGGAGCGCCUCGGCUGCUACCGACCCGAAGAGCACAUUGACAAUCCUCUCGGCUAUGCUGAAGGCGUUGACGCUCGCACGCUGGACCCGCGCCUGAGAGGACCUGUUCGACCCGUCGAAACCGAAAUUGAUAUGGAGACUGGCAUGAAAAACUACAUCAAGAACGAGAAAGGCGACUGGGCGACCAGCGCUGGCUAUUUGCGCUUCAGCAUCGCACGCUGUAUUCACUUCGGCCGCAUUUACACCAAUGGCGACAAGGGCAAGGGAAAGGAAGAGAACCUCUGCGAGGCUCUGCGAUGCAUGGGUCAGGCUUUGCACUGUCUAGAAGACUACAGUGCUCAUAGCAACUAUUGCGAGCUUUCUCUUCGAGAACUAGGUUAUCACAAUGUUUUUCCUCAUUGUGGUAACCAAUCCGAGAUCAAUGUUCGCGGCAAGAGAAUAUAUCCCAUUGUCACUGGAACAUUCGGUGGUGUCGAUUUCCUUCACUCCGUUAUUGGAGAGGCAAAUGAUCACUUUACUCAAUCCGAGGUCGACGAGGUCGAUAUUGCUUUGAAGAACGCCGAAGCCAGCAGAAACGGCGGUGGAGGCUCGAGUGAUCGCGGUUUCCUCGGCGUUUCUGCGCCAACUGAUUUUAUCUCUUUGGUCUCGAAACUUCCUGGUGAAGGUGAUGGAUUUGCUGCCCAAGCCAGAGAGCUCCAGGCCAGGUCUGAUGCGCAGGAGCAGCAGAAUCGAUCUGUAGACCGGGGUAUGGAUCGAGCCAGAGCGGAAGGAAAUACCAACAUUGUUCCAGGCAUGAGCCCCGACUUUGACCCCGUCAAGACUGCCGGACAGAUCUACCCAAUCCUGCAGUUCAGAGACAGAAUUGUAAAGACAAUCAGCCGAGGAAUCGCCAAAAUUCCUGGCCUGGAGAAGCUGCUUGAACACAUCAGUGAAACUCUGACCGCUUUUGUUCUUGGACUCUUGGCGCCCUUCAUCCGUCCCAUCAUCACCCAAGUAUCCAAGGUCCUCAAAGACGGUUCCUCCGGCAUCAUUUCGGCCAGCUCCAAGUCUCAGCUGGAGCCUUGGGACAACCCUCGUUGCUCGGACCCUACUCACUCCAUGUUGUCUAAGGAUCAUUUCACCAACAUACUCAAUUCUUGCGCCGGUCGUGUUGCUGCAACAUGCCUGCAAUAUGCUGUCCCUCGCAUCCUUUUCGCGUGGGACAACAUCGGCGUACCCACUGACGAGGUUACGAAUGAUAUUCUUCAGGCCCUGCAUCACCCUUCACUUCGCGACGAAAACAUCGAAAUCCAACGAGACAUGUUCAAGACUGUGCGAAAGUGGGCCGACGAACACCCUCGUCGCCACGACCUCGAGCGUCUCUUGUCUUCCGAGUCCGUCAGAAAUGGAAAGAAUCACGUCUUGAACCAACAAGGUGGCAGUGGAAAGCGCGAUAUCCACUCCUGUGGAGGUGGCUUAGAUUCUGCGCACGCAGGCCACGGCAAGGUUGCCGGCUCGCUCUGGUCCCAGAUCCAGACGCGAGACUUGGCGUCGAUUCAAGGCAGCGAUGGAAACCCCAGCGAAAACUACAUGUCACACUCGCCUGCACCUCCGACGAGUCAGCCCCCUCCAUCAGACGGAUACAACUACAGCCAGUCCACAUCCGGACCCUCUGGAAGAUACGACCAGCCGGCCCCCAACUCAGGCCAGUACUACUCCGGCUAUAGCCAGGGUCCCCCCGCUCCUCAGCAAGGCGGCUAUGGUGGAGGGUCCGGAUAUGGUGGCCCUCCUCAGGGACCUCCUCAAGGCCAAUGGGGUGGUCCAGCACCACCUGCUCCCCAAGGCUACGGUGGCCCCGGUUACGGUGGAGGCGGUUACGGCCCUGGUCCCGGCGGUCCUCCUGGUCCUGGAUAUGGUGGUCCUCCACAGCAACAAUACCCGCCAUAUGGGCAGCAGCCUCCGCCUGGCCAAGGUCGACCUGGUUCGUGGAACCAGUACCCUGGCCAGGGGCCUCGUUACUAG